GCGACGCGACGCCGUCACGAAGCUGCAGGCAAUCGGUAAGGCCGACAUGGCGAUCUCGUCGGAGCAGCUUAAGCGGCUGAAGCCGCUGUACCAGCUGGCGGUGAACAACGUCCUCGCCGUCGUCGCCGUGCCGCUUGCGGCGGCGGCGGUGUUGAAGGCGGUGGAGGUUGGGCCCGAGGAGAUCCUCGCCAGGGCACGCGCGCUCCCGCCGGCGCACCUGUUCUUGGCCAUGUUCGUCCCGGCGGCCGCCGCGGCCGUCUACCUCAUGCUCCGGCCGCGCGCGGUGUACAUGGUGGACUACGCGUGCUUCCGCACCAGCCCCAACUGCCGCGUCCCGUUCGCGACGUUCCUGGAGCACUCCCGCGUGUGGCCGGGCUUCGAGGAGCGGAGCGUCCGGUUCAUGACGCGCCUGCUCGAGCGAUCGGGGCUCGGUGAGGAGACCUGCCUGCCCUACGCGCAGCACUACAUCCCGCCGUCGCGCGACCUCGAGUCGUCACGCGCCGAGGUCGAGCUUGUCAUCUUCUCCGCCAUUGAUGACCUGCUCGCCAAGACCGGCAUCUCCCCGCAGGACAUCGACAUCGUCGUCGUCAACUGCAGCCUCUUCGCCCCGACGCCGUCCUUCACCGACAUGAUCAUCAACCGGUACAAGCUCCGCAAGGACGUGCGCAACGUGCAUCUCGCCGGAAUGGGGUGCAGCGCGGGGCUCAUCUCGGUGGGUCUCGCCAGGAACCUGCUCCAGGUCGCGCCCAAGGGCGCGCACGCGCUGGUGGUGUCGACGGAGACCAUCACGCCGAACUACUACAUGGGCCAGGAGCGCGCCAUGCUGCUGCCCAACUGCCUGUUCCGCAUGGGCGGCGCCGCCGUGCUCCUGUCCACCAACGGCGCCAAGGCGCGGUUCCGACUGGCGCGCGUGGUGCGCACGCUGACCGGCGCCAAGGACGGCGCGUACCACUGCGUUUACCAGGAGGAGGACGACCGCGGCAACGUGGGCAUCAACCUCUCCAAGGACCUCAUGAACAUCGCCGGCGACGCGCUCAAGGCGAACAUCACGGCCAUGGGGCCGCUGGUGCUCCCGGCGUCGGAGCAGCUCCUGUUCGCGUUCUCCUUCAUCGCGCGCAAGGUGCUGAGCGGGCGGGUCAAGCCCUACAUCCCCGACUUCCGCACGGCGUUCGAGCACUUCUGCAUCCACGCCGGCGGCCGCGCCGUGAUCGACGAGCUGCAGCGCAGCCUCACCCUGUCCGACGAGCAGGUGGAGGCGUCCCGCAUGACGCUGCACCGGUUCGGCAACACGUCCAGCAGCUCGCUCUGGUACGAGCUCGCCUACGUCGAGGCCAAGGGCCGCAUGCGCAAGGGCGACCGCGUGUGGAUGAUCGGCUUCGGCUCCGGCUUCAAGUGCAACAGCGCCGCCUGGGAGUGCAUCCGCCCCCCCGCCAACGCCGACGGCCCAUGGGCCACCUGCAUACACCGCUACCCCGUCGACAUCCCCGACGUGCUCAAGCACUAACCCCAGCCACGCACGUACACAGCUCCGGCGUCCUCUCCGGUCGCGGCUGCCACGCGAUCAGUUUGAGAGACGCCGGCUCCACUGUGAUCGUCUUCGUGUCGUGGCAGUUCGCGGGUACGGAAAAAAAAAAGCGAGCGAGUUCGUUCAGGCUGGCGCGGCCGGUGGGGCCGUUUCGGACUUGCGGUGCAGCGCGACAAGGGUUUUAAUUGGUUUGAUCGCUUUACCACUCGCCUCAGCUCAAGUACUCCGUAUAUUCGUACACGAGUUUGGUGUUCCCGCGUGAUGUACUUUUGUGCUCUCAUGUGUCUCGCUCUGUAUCUUUUCCUCUUCAUUUAUGUCUCCCUUGUUCUACUGGUUCACUGUUUAUAUCACAAGGAAAAGGGCACCACCACUCUAUCCAAAAGUAUGUAACUUUGACAGAAACGGAACCUUUCAGCUGUACAAAGUUACUCCUAUACCGUAAAACAGACCUACCUACUCUUGCAUACAGUACAGCCAUGGAGGAUCCAAUAAGGUCUCACAAGUUCUUCAUUGAAACUUUUGACUAUUGGGAGUGGACGCUGCUUAUCUAUGUUGUAAAAUAGUUCAGUACGUCAUAUAUCGAUUUACCGCACAAACCUUGGCAGCGAGG